AUGUUUGCCGUAUCGACUGCAUUAGCUGCUCAGGAGGGCCUGUACUGUUCGCCCACCAAUUUCUUCCUUGCCUCUCUGGGCAUUGCCGCUUCCAUCAGUUUGGCCAACCUCGGUGCUGCUUAUGGCACUGCCAAGGCCGGUGUUGGUAUCGCUUGCAUGGGCGUUAUGAGAGGUGAUCUCGUUAUGCGAUCUCUCAUCCCCGUAGUCAUGGCUGGUGUGUUGGGUAUCUACGGCCUCAUUACUUCUGUUAUCAUCAACGGCAAACUCGAGAACCCCGCGGCUCUCAGUCCAUAUUCAGCCUAUGCACUCCUUGGUGCCGGACUUACUGUUGGUUUCUCAGCCUGGGCCGCUGGAUACGCUAUUGGCAUUGUUGGUGACAUUGGUGUGCGGUGUAACGCUCUUUCCAACGGCAAGCUGUUCGUGGGCAUGAUCCUUAUUUUGAUCUUCGCCGAAGCUCUGGGCCUGUACGGUCUCAUCGUUGGCCUUGUUGUUGCCUCUGGUGCUAUGGAAAAGGGUAGUAACCUCUGCAUCCCCUACAAGAGCUAA